AUGACUCAUGCUGAGGUGAAAAACAUACCCCUUAAUGCAGCAAAGCAACUGACUAUCAACGGUGUCCCCAAUGAUAGUUUCACCAUCAAUGUGGGCAAAUCCAAAGACGUCAUUGGACUGAAAUAUGAAGUACACUUCGGCAAGGGCACUGACCAACCUCUCAUCAUCAUGAGUUGCAUAAGGGAUGACGUAGUCAUCAAUAAGUACACGGAGACUUCAUUCCCUUUCGAAAAGACCGAGCCUUUUGAGAUGACCAUUUCCUUCAACAGUGACAACUUCCAAAUUAAAAUAAGUUCCAAGUACACGCACUUCGGGAAUAGCCUGAAUGAGAAAUAUUAUGACUACAUAUGGUUUGAUGGACAAGUGUCAAUCGAAGGCAUAAGUAUCAUCUGA